CUGCGAAACAUGCGCCCGAUUUCUCGACGGCGGUCUGCAAACUUAUAUAUCGACGAGUAGUAUGCAUCGGGUUCUUGAAUAACUCUUCGCAAUGUCUUCUUCCUUCUUCGGCAGUAGCGCUAGCUCGUCAAAUACAAACAGCCGCGUCUUCCCCACACAGGCUCUAAACCUAGCCGGGCCAGUCCUUCGCGUAUGCGUAGGAACCUCGCCGAAUGACGAGUCCUUCUUCGUCCACCAGAAGCUGCUCGUCUCGCGAUCCGAGUUCUUCGCCCGCGCCAUGAAUGGAAAAUGGCGCGAAUCCGACGAGGGCGUCGUCCCUCUCCCGGACGACCAACCCGAAAUUUUCUCCCUCUACGCCAACCUGCUCUACACAGACCGGCUGGCAACACGACAGACAGAUCCCGAGAAGAAGGCAGACGAGUUCACGCUCCUAGCUCGACUCUAUGUGCUCGCGGAGAAGCUCCAGGACGUCAAAGCGAAGAACGACAUCAUCGACGCUAUGCUUGCGAAAUCACGAGCGGAAGGACUUGUUUCUACCAAGCCACCUCUAACUAUGGACGCGGUUGCGGCUCUGUAUGAAGGUACGCCUGAAGGCAGCCAAGCACGCAAGCUAUUUGUUGAUUUCUUCGCCCAACAUGGCCUGGCGAGUUGGCUCGGAGAGAAAGAGGACGUUCGAUUCGACUUCUUGUAUGAUGUUUCCGUCCGCUUGCUACAGAUCCGGACGAAAGGAACGAUACCGAUGACUACUGCAAACUGCCCACUUGCCAUGUACCACGAGGGGGAAGACAGGGUUGAGGGGAAAGCGGCCACCGCAUCGACACUAGUGCCAACGUGGAAGAAGAAGCAUCAAUUUUGAGGAUUCAUAAUUUUCAAUGCGAGUCACUACGCGGCGCGUCAGGGAAGCUACGCGGCUUAUUUAUAUUCUUCUGUGUCCAAGUAUAGCGAGCCUGAGCGGAAGGAGCAGCAUCGCUGAAUCUUUGCCCCAAUCUUCAUGAAUUUGUCGUGCUCAUGCAGCCUUCAAGCACUCCACAAGCGCGCUCCAGCCUUCCCUACACCAAGGUGCAAGCACAAUGGCCCUCUGCGCAUCUUUUACAUCGCCUGUUCCCGCGAAAGCAUUAGCGAGCCCCUCCGUAUCGAGCGUACCAACAGGAGCAACACUCCUCCUCGCCGUCUCCUUAGCCAUAGUCGCC